AUGAAUCAAGAAAAAAGAAUCAGAACUAGAACUGUUGUUCGGAGGGACAACCCAUACCCCCACCCUGGUCAACCCAUACCCCCACCCUGGUCAACCCAUACCCCCACCCUGGUCAACCCAUACCCCCACCCUGGUCAACCCAUACCCCACCCGGGUCAACCCAUACCCCCACCAAGGUCAACCCAUACCCCCAUCCAGGUCCCCAUACCCCCACCCAGGUCAACCCAUACCCCCAUCCGGGUCAACCCAUACCCCCACCCGGGUCAACCCAUACUCCCACUCGGGUCAACUAAAACCCCCACCCUGGUCAACCAAAACCCCCACAAGGGUCAACCCAUACCCCCACCCGGGUCAACCCAUACCCCACAAGGGUCAACCAAAACUCCCACAAGGGUCAACCAAAACUCCCACAAGGGUCAACCAAAACCCCCACAAGGGUCAACCCAUACCCCCACCCGGGUCAACCCAUACCCCACAAGGGUCAACCAAAACUCCCACAAGGGUCAACCAAAACUCCCACAAGGGUCAACCAAAACUCCCACAAGGGUCAACCAAAACCCCCACAAGGGUCAACUAAAACCCCCACAAGGGUCAACCAAAACCCCCACAAGGGUCAACCGUAAGACUGAGCAAGAAAAGCAGAAGAUUUAUGUGGAAAGUAUUGGUUUUCGUCCCGGCUUUGUUAACUUUAUGGUACGUUAA